ACAAAUAUUUAAUGGCUGUUUCUGUUUUGAACCCGUGUUAUGAACCAAAAACCUAAAAAGUUUGGAUAAUUACCAUUGUUAUUGUGUUUAACAUUAAUUGAUUUGUAAUUUAAAAAAAAGAUUUGUAAUAUCUCGCAUAGACAACAAUCAUGGAAAGCGACGAACUUGGAAAUGAAAUAGUAAGAUUAGAUAAUGGUUUUAUGGUAGAUGAAGAAGAAACUUUUGUUGUAAAUUCUGAUGAUGUUUUGGAGCAAGAAGAAAAUAAUUCAGAUUCAAAUUGUGGAGGAAAGAAUGUACCAUUGCGAGAACAGGACAGAUUUUUGCCAAUAGCAAACAUUGCCAAAAUUAUGAAAAGAGCAAUACCCGAGAAUGGAAAGAUUGCCAAAGAUGCGAGAGAAUGUGUACAAGAGUGUAUAUCAGAGUUCAUAUCAUUUAUAACUAGUGAGGCGAGUGACCGUUGUCAAAUGGAGAAACGAAAAACUAUCAAUGGGGAAGAUGUUCUGUUUGCUAUGAAUCAAUUAGGUUUCGAUAAUUAUGUGGAUCCGUUGAAGAUUUAUCUAAAGAAAUAUAGAGAGAUUGUUCUAUCACCGAAGCAUCUACAAGUUUUCCUGAAAAUGAACAUGAAAAUGAAACAAAGACCGAAACAGUUCUGUAUUCCUAUCAGAAGGGUCUUGGAGAUUUUAAUAUCAAUUAGUGGAUAUUGAUAAGAAUAAUGCACAGUGAAAUUCCAAAUGUGGCACUUGUAUUGAUACAAUAUUGCUAUCUCUGUCUUUAUUUUUAAAAUAAUGACAGGGAUGUCAAUAUGAUUCUACGCAGCGCUUCAACAGUCGAAACACAGCGCUUCGGCAGUCAAAAAAAAGCGUUUCGACAGUCAAAGGCAGUCGAAACACAGUGCUUCGACUGUCAAAGGCAGUCGAAACAAAGCGCUUCGACAGUCAAAGGCAGUCGAAACACAGUGCUUCGACAGUCAAAGGCAGUCGAAACUAAGCGCUUCGACAGUCAAAGGCAGUCGAAACGCAGCGCUUCGACAGUCAAAGGCAGUCGAAACACAGCGCUUCGACAGUCAAAGGCAGUCGAAACACAGUGCUUUGACACUCAAAACAUGGAAAACAGUUAAAGUCGUCAGUGUCAAAGUGUUUUUAUGUUACAAUUAUCAUGUUUUUGAUAAAUUGUCAACUUUUUUUUUGGAAUUAACUUUAGUGAAGUUUUAUAUGUUGUCUAAAACUAAGAGUGUCAUAGUAAUAAAUAA